AUGGAACAGAUGGGUGCUGCCCUAACCGAGCUGCUGUCACGUUCUACGUCGCAGAACAGCCGAUGGAGUCAUCCUAGGCUGGUGCUUCUUGGUGGUGACCACUCUAUUGUGCUUCCCAUGCUCCGGGCUUUACAUAAGAUUCGACAAGAGCCUGUCGCACUUCUCCAUUUCGAUGCACACAUCGACACGAUGGAUCCUGACUCAUAUCCAAGGAAGGCCUGGAAGUCGCAAGCUUCUGAGAUUCAUCACGGGACCGUGUUCUGGCAGGCAGCUCAGGAGGGUCUCCUUCUCCCGGGUCAUCUAGUUCAUGCCGGUGUUCAUGGUAGAGUUUCGAGCUUGCAGGAUUUCCACAGCGACGAUUCCCUCGGAUUUCUGCGCAUUCCUGUCGAAGAGAUGGACGAUGAAGGCGCUGAUGCUAUCAGCAGGAAAAUCUACAACACAAUCGGGGAAGAUGUGCCCGUGUAUGUCAGUAUUGAUAUUGACGUACUUGAUCCGGCAUUUGCCCCGGGAACCGGCGCUCCCGAAACGGGCGGUUGGACGUCUCGCGAGAUGAUGAGAAUCAUGACUGUCCUCUCCAAGUUGAACGUUGUUGGCCUUGAUAUUGUGGAAGUUACUCCAGCCUACGACAGCGCCGGGGGUGAUACGGCAUUUGCAGCUGCAAAUCUUGCCUAUGAAGCCAUCUCAAUGAUGGUUCUAAAGGAAAUGGAGACCGGUAAAUUUGAGACGGAGGCGGACUACAAGGACCAAAGAGAGGAAUUGUAA